AUGUCAUCCACCAAUCCCAAAUUGUUUUACCAACAUGCGCAACACACACAAUGCAGUUCUGCUAAAAACCAAUCGUCCAACUCGGUGACAUCAUCUUGUAAUCAUCAAUUAUUUUCAAUCUUUCAUAAAUUAUCUUUGUUUCUCAAGAAAUAUGAACCAACAUUUAAUAUUCAAAGACACGUUUCCAAGACUCCAAAUCAUCCGAUGAACAAUUCAAUCAUCAUUGAAGAAGAGAAAAUUGUUGAUUUCUUUAUUUUUGAUCAUUUCAAUACAACUAUACCAAAUCAUGAAUGGAAAGAACAAUUACUUUCCAUGUCAACGAUUGAAUUAAUUGAAAUGUCACAAUAUCAAAUGAAUUCACAACAAUCACAGAAUACUGAAUAUCAUGAUAUUCAUAAAUCUCUCAAUGAUUUUGUAAAUGAAUGUAAACAAUUAAUGAAUUUAAUUAUGGAAUAUUGUCAAGAUUCAAGUAAUGAUGGUGGUGAUAAUAAUAAUGGUGAUAGAAAUAUUGGUGGUGAUAAUAAUGGUGAUAAUAAUGGUGAUAGAAAUAUUGGUGGUCAUGAUCAAAAUGAUAUGAAGAAUUCUUCUCAUCAUAAUGACAAUAGUAUGAAUAAGAAUAUUACAUUCAAUGACAAUAGUAUGAAUAUUACAUUCAAUGACAAUAGUAUGAAUAUUACAUUCAAUGAGAAUUGUAAGAAGAAGAAGAAGAAUAUACCAUCAUAUGAUUCUCUAAAUACACCUCAUGAAUUAGAAAAAGGUUUAAAUUCUAAAAAAAAGUAUGAAAUUGAAAUUCUAAGUCAUUUCAUUAGAAAUCUAUCCAAACAAUAUCAAAUUGAUAGUAUUUGUGAUAUUGGAGGUGGACAAGGAUAUUUAUCACAGAAAAUUCUUAUUGAUCAAGAAUUAGAGAUAUUCUCUCAUUCUAAUUCUAAAAAUCCUAUUCAACAUUCUACUUGUCAUCAUUCUAAUCAUCAUCCAUCGAAUGAGAAUUCCAUUACUACUACUACUUCUACUUCUACUACUCAUCAUCCAUCGAAUGAGAAUUCCAUUACUACUACUACUUCUACUUCUACUCAUCAUUCUACUCAACAACAUACAUAUUCUCCUCAAAUAUCUCACAUUUAUUCCAUUGAUUGUAAUCAUUAUUUAACACAAAAUGCAACUAGAAGAAUUAAAAGGAUUAGAAAAGUAUUAAAUCAAUCCAGAGAUUUAAUGAACAAAGAAAAUACAUCUUGUGAAUAUAGAGCCAUCACUUCACAUUUAUCAUUUACUUUAAAUGAUGAAGAAUUUUCUAAAAUCGUGCAAGAAUUGGAAGAAACUUUAACUGAGAAGAAGAAUAUUUCAUGUAAUAGUAGUAAUGAUGACAUUACCGAGUGUCAUUCAUGUGCUCAUUCUGCAAAUGAAUGUGUCCAUAAUGACACAAAAGAACAACCUGUGCAUAACGACACAAAAGAACAACACAAUCCAACAACAACAACAAGACCACGAACCUCAAUAUCACAACAACCGCCAUCACAACAACAACCGCCAUCACAACAACAACCGCCAUCACAACAAGAACCAAAUUCACUUCUCUUCAUUGGACUUCAUACCUGUGGAUCAUUGGCAAGUUCAAUCAUUCAAUUAUUUUUAGCAUCAAGCAAGUGUCAUGCCAUGAUCAAUAUUGGAUGUUGUUAUCACAAAUUAUGUGAGGGUCAUAGCUUUCCAUUGUCAUUCAAUCAUCAUCAAUUAGAAAUACCACCCAUCUAUUUAUCUAAUUUAGGAAAAUCAAUGGCAUGUCUAAAUCCAUUUAUUUGGAAUUCUAAGAGUAGAAAAGAUUUAAAACAAUGUCAAGAACAAUUUAAAUUGAAGAGUUAUAGAUAUGCAUUUCAAUACUUGUUGUAUCAAAGAAUGGGAUAUGAUGCCAUUAAGGACUUGAUUAUUAGACAACCAUCGAAAACAAAUAGUAUUGUAUCCUUUGGAAGGUUUACAUUUUAUGCAUUGCAAAAUUUAUUACAGGAUUAUCCAGAAUUGAAGAAUCAUGAAUUAUUCUCUUCUCUAAUGAAUGUUCAUGAUGAUGAAACGGAAGAAUCUUUUGAAAAGAAAUUAAAUGACUAUUAUGCAAAUGAAUUUAAACCUUGUCCAGACACGGACAUUGUAAAGAAGGUAGAGGCAUGUUGGUUUUUUAGAAGUUUAAUAGGUCCAUUAUUAGAGUGUUAUAUUUUACUGGACCGUUUAUUGUAUUUGAGAGAGCAAAAAGAAAUUCCACUAGAGACUGCUUAUUUAAAAAGAAUAUUCGAUCCAUCUAUGUCUCCAAGAGGAUUUGUGUUGGUGGCUGUCAAGAAGAGAGAAUAA